AGCCCCGGCCAGUUUGCUUUCUAUGAUUUCAUGUCCAAACGUAUGGCGAAGAUUCAGUAGUUUCGUUUUCAGAUUCACGGCAGGCGUUGUUGUCAUGGCUUCCUCCGCUUGGAGGAGUGCCCAGUGUGUAUGGGCGAGGGCUACGAACGGAAGUAUGCAUAUCACUGGUGUUAUCUACGCAGGCGAGUAAUCAAUGGGUUAUACGGAAGAGAAAAGAAUCAAAAGGGUGCGCGUGACGCAUCGGAAAGACAAAAGUAUGAUGAGGCUUAUUGGCCCCUGGAAUUCAUGAUCGAGAUGGUAGAAUGAGCGGUCGAGAACAAGCUGGUUGUGCCGGCUGGUAUAUCGGUUUCUUUGGUCAACAUGAGAAAGUCUAUUGUUCUUCG